CUAGUGCAAAGCGAAAAGCAGAGAAAGAAAUAAUAAUUCGUGUUUUGUGCGCAGAGUGCAAAGGGUAAAUAAGUUGCAAUAUCAUCGCAAUCGCAGUCGAGAGCCCUAUAAACCCGAUAGAGUGCCAGGAUUUUUGGAUAUCCAUAUCGUGCGCGCAGCUAUACUAUUUUCCCCCUUUGUUGACGUCGCAUUGUCGUCAUCGUCAUCUUGUGACCGUGUCUAUUCGAGUCCGAAAAAAGAAAGAAAAGAAAGUCGUAAAAUAUAGAAAAGAAAACUAGUUGGGGAGGAGGAGUCGCACACACAGACACACACAUACACAGCCGAGCGGAGCCCCCACACGCACACACACACAACCAAAGGCGAACUGCAGUGAAGCAACAAAACCAACAAUAACAGAAACAUUGCAGUGAGAAAGCAAAAGGACGAUAUGCAGGUCAAUGUCGCUGGUCUGCGCAGAAACAUCAAGAACCUUGCGCACAACUACUCCGAUGCCCAGGUUAAAGUGCGUGAGGCAACCUCGAAUGACCCUUGGGGUCCUUCGGCUGCCAUCAUGAGCGAGAUAGCGGAACUCACCUACAAUGUGGUGGCCUUUUCGGAAAUCAUGCAGAUGAUCUGGAAGCGUCUUAAUGACCACGGCAAGAACUGGCGACAUGUGUACAAGGCACUCAUUUUGCUGGAGUAUCUGAUUAAAACCGGCUCGGAAAAGGUCGCCCAGCAGUGCAAGGAGAACAUCUUUGCCAUUCAAACCCUGCGAGAGUUUGUGUAUUUCGAAGAGGGCAAGGAUCAGGGCACCCAUGUCCGUGAGAAGGCCAAGCAGCUGGUCACUCUUCUUAAGGAUGACGAGCGACUGAAGAAUGAGCGUGUGAAGGCGCAGAAGGCAAAGGAAAGAUUCGCCCAGAACCCGAGUGGGUUCGGCAGCGAUGGCUAUAUUGAUGGACCAUCGCAACGAGACUUGCCGCCAGGCUGGCAGGAGGAGCCGCCUAAAUCGGUAUCCGAACUGGAAAUGGUUCGUCCCCAGACGGCCGGCGAGGAGGAACUUCAACUGCAGCUGGCCAUGGCCAUGUCACGAGAGGAAGCGGAACAGGAGGAGGCCAAGCGACGCAGUGAUGAUGUGCGUCUGCAACUCGCCCUCAGCCAGAGUGAGCAGGAUUUCAAGGAUCCAAACGGACGACCUAUUCCUGCGCCCAAGAAGGAGGAACAACAGAGUCAUUUGCUAGAUCUGCUGGAUAUUUCUCUGGGGGCUACGAGCAUCUCAAGUCCGCCGCUGGGCGCUGCAGGCGGCGCCCCCACGGCUGUUGUCGAUCCCUGGGCCAUGCCAGGUCCAAGAGCUCCCAGCCAGUUGUCCGAUCCGUGGUCAGGUACUUCCUCGCCUCAAGUGGAUCCCUGGAAUCCCUCCGCUGCCCCACGAACCAUCUUGGGUGCCGGAGUGCCGAUGACUUCGGCGCCAUUGGGAGCUGGAAACGAUGCCUGGGGAGCUCGCACUCAGUCGCCUUCGGUGGCCUCGGGCUCCUCCAACGAAGGUUGGCUGCAAAGUAAUGGUAAUGCCAACCAAAACGGACGUGGAGCCACUCCGGCCGGCCCUCCUGCUGAAGGCUGGCUGAUAAAAUCCACUGCUGUCGGAGCUUUGGGAGCUGCGCCAAUUAAUCAUGCGGCAAAUAAUGGUAGCUCAUCUUCGGAUCCCUGGCUAGCAGAGCCAGCAGCAUCGGCGGCAGGAGGAGCAGCAGCAGUUGGCUUGGCAGAUCCCUGGGCGCCAGGAGCAGCAUCUCAAACGGGUGCGGGGGCACUGGAUGACCCAUGGAAAGCACUCGGAACUGGCGCCAUUAAGAAACAAUCCCCCGAGUUUGAUGAGUUCGACUUGAUCACCAACCGAAACAAGAGUGAGCACAGCAAUUCUAACGCCUCCAACAACAACAAUGCUUCUCUGCUCGAUGACAUGGAUCCGCUAUCGGCGAACUACGGAAAUGGAGGUAUAAAUAGCAGUAUGCAUCCGUCGACGGGGGCCACGGCAAAGAAAUCUAUAAAGGAUGCUCAUUCUUUCCUCGGCGAGAACUCUGCGCUUGUUAACCUAGACAAUCUGAUCAAACCGAUUGCGCCACAGACGCAAACGGGUAAUCAGCCGGCGUACAAUCCCUUCAGCGACAACGUAGUGCCACCCAAGACGAAUCUAUUCCAGCAACAGCAGCCAGCCGUGCCGUCCAUCAAUCAGCUGAAACAACAGGCCCCGUUUUCAGUCAGCAUGAACCAAGAUCCCUGGGCACCUGUAAUGGGCGGAGUUAGUACGACUUCGCAGCCACAGCCCAAUUUGCAGGUCUACAAUAAUGCGUAUCAAAGUAGCAGCAGCACUAAUAUCCUUGGAAAAAGCAACAUCCCGACCAAUAUGAAUAGCUCCACCAGCAACAGCACCAUACACAGCUGUUACGCAAGUCCGAGUCCGGGCGUCGAUGGCAUUCGCAACAUGGAUAUAUUCACCGAACGUCCUUACUAUAAUAGUCCAACAGCACCUGCUGAUGAUACCUACAUGUACAACAGCAGGGAUAAUAACAAUAUCAACAGCAACUAUGGUACUCCCAGUCUAUAUUCAAGUUUUGCUGCCAGCUAUAGCAGCGCCCUAUCCGAUUCUCUGGCCGAAACUCCUGGAAUUAGUGUUGCUCCCUUGGGUUUUGUGGCCGAUACUGUCAUGAGUUUUGGUCCCUCAUCCUCGUCGGCCAACUGCAAGCUGGAACAAAAUAACAACAUGCCGUGGAUCAAGCCGGAAGCAGCAACAAAUCCGUUUUUGUCGUAAACUGGCGUCGAUCAAUCACAACAAUGUAAGCAGAAGGAGCAGCGGGAUCAUCAAUUAAGGGAAAGUCAACUAAUAAAGGCCUGACUGGUGUAUAAGAAGCUGUCCAAUAGCGUUAGCAACAAUAGCAGCAGAAGCAACCAACUUUGACUCUACAUAACUGCAGAGAGGGAAAUAUGAAUUAAUUAAUAAAUUAUGUGUAAGGAAGUAUUAUUAAAGUGUAAAAUAUGUGAUGUAUGUGAGAGAGAAAGCCAAGAUCCAGCGAAAUAGAAAUUGAGGAGUUAAAUAGAAACAGCAACGACACCCAGCCAAGAUGAGUAGAAAAGUUGUGCGCAGGAAGCUUACAAGUAAACUGAACUUGAGUCUAACACAUUUGCAAUAAUUAAAUCUGUAAAAACCAACCCAUUAGAAAUCGCAACCCCUUACGCCCUUCAGCUGGGGAAUCCUUCACUGUCAGUCUUCAAGUACUUCCUUAGUUGAUCACUUACUGUUAAUUAAUUUCUAUCCUUGUUGGGGAAAGAACCAAGAAGGCAGCCGCAAAAGGAGAUCAAUCGAGUCCAACCUAAUGAUGCAAAUUGAAAUUAAAAAAAUUGUUAUAUAGCUUUAAAGAAUGCAUUGGUAAAGCGAAUAUGUUUAAAACCAUGUUAAACAAAUUAUAUGUGCUUGUAAUUGUAAAUUUUUUUACGUUCAUUUUUGUAAAAUUUAUUGUGCGCGCAUGUUGCAGAAACCAAAUACAAUUAUUAAUGGCUUUUGGCUAUCGAUUUUUAAACACAUUUUUACGAUUUUUUCGAGUUGACAGUUGAUUUGUUUGUGCAUUCGCUUUUGGUCCACCUUCAAGUCACCAAUGCAUACGCGAGUUUGCUGUUGAACAUUUUUAUAGCGAAUAGUUUAAAAUUUACAAAAACCUUUGAACACAUAUACAAAGAACAAGAUUACAAGAGCAAAUCGAAAACUAAAACAAAACAAAAUAAAAUGAUGGUAUACAUUUAGGCUAGAAUACGUAACGAAUUGUAUAAGAGUAACUUAAUGAUAAACAAAAUAUACAUAUAUAUAUAUAUAUAAAAGAAAGCCGAUUCGGUGUGAAAUUAUGCUUAAGAGAUUUACAUGCCUGACUAGCAAGCGUAUACACCCCACAACGCUGAUACCCUUUUAUAUAUAUGAAGACACACAACCCCAAAAAUCACAUAUACACUUGCAAACUGCAAAUUUUAAGCAUAUUUUCAUAUUAUUAAAACUUUAUUUUAACUAAAAAAAAAAACAAGCGAAAAAAAUCUCCAUGUAAAAGUCAGACCACUUUCGAUGCUCCCAUUGCACAACUAAGCGGGUGGCGACUGAGUGUGCCAAUGCCCGGGGGCCUCCACUUGACAGCCUGCGCCAGCAUUCAACACUUUGUUGGGGCAUCAUCACACUCAUGUCGGAUACAUCGGGCCAGGGCACAGGCAGAGACAAUCCCAAUAGCAAUCCGCAUCCGAAUCCCCCAAACUCAAACCCGAUCCCGAUCCCAGCAGCAACGGCAGCACGAUUAUGUUAAUUUCGGGGGCCGCCAGAGUGCAGCAUUAACGGAGCACGCCCACCGCAUAUGGCAGUGAUAUUUUGGCCAGCUGGGAUGUGGAUGUGUAUGGGGAUAUGGAUAUGGAAUCGGGAUGGGGCUGGAUAUGGAUAUGGAUUGCUGGAUGUGGCUGUUGCGCAAGUGGCCAGCUAGCUGGCAGGCUGGUUUCGGUUUUGAUAUUUGACAUGCGCCAGGGGCCAUCAGGAAACUUCGUUUAAAUGAAAUCAAAAUGCACAAAUACAUAAUUUACACAAAUUUGCCGUCGAGCUGCGGUACGAGUUUAUCGCCUCGGUUGGGCACGAAAAAGAGCGGCUCCUCAGAUGGCUGGGAAAAUGCUGGCGGAUUGUAUAAUGCAUCGGGUAUUCCAGGAGCGAUGAGCAUCCAGCAGAUGCAGGAAGAACUGGCAUCCAAACAUAGUUUUUCGAUGAGGGGCACGAUAAGAACAAACAAAACAAAAACAUCUUGUGCAUUAUAUGGUUUAAUUUUUAUAUGUCAUAUUAAUUUUUCUAUCAUUUUCCAGUACAUUGAAUAUCCAGGUAACAUAGUUGGCUAGCCUAGUGUACACGCCUGGAAAAUGUGGGUCAGCACAUCCAUGCGCAAAGGAUACGAUUCCAUAGCUACUGCCGCGGUGAACCAAGGGAGCUCCUGAGUCGCCGUAGCAGUGAUCUCGUCCAGCUCCAGCUGCACACACCAUAUCAUCCGUGAUGGGACGAUGCAGAUGGGAGUAAAGUCGCUGGCAAAGUCUCUGAUUAAUAACUUUCACCACUGUGCCACGUAGUCUAGGUUCCGAUUCACUGUCAGUGGCAUCUGGAUUGCCCCAACCGGCAACCAAAAGGGUUCGUGGAAGUAUAUUAAGACUCGGAAGCGGCAGCUUCACCACCUGAAUAUUUCCUCCCAAAGUAAAGGAUUUAUCUAACUUCAACAAGGCGAUGUCGUUUUCCAGAGUACGUAGAUUAAAAUCUGGAUGAAGGAUAACACUCACUACGUUCCUUCUCUGACCACCACCAUCAGUGAAAGUAGAUCCUGCACGAACGGAGUAGCUAUCUGGAUACUGAACACAAUGUCCAGCCGUCACCAACCAGAGUGAUGUAAUCAAUGCCGAACUGCAACUAUAGUUGCCAUGCACCGUGAUCGAAGCCAACCAUGGUGUAAGAUGAAUGGGCACCUCUACUCCACCCACGAUCCGUUCCUGGGGCGAUAAAGCACUGGUUUUAUGGCCACAAAUGAGCAGUAAAAUCAACGCCAAAAUAUUCAUCAUCCGUACAAAAACAAAUGGACCGUAAAGAACCAAUAUUGGCCGAUAACUGAAAUUUGACUUCUUGACCCUUGGGCGCGAACUCUUUGCUAGCCAGCCGGGAAUCACGAAUGCUAAUGACCUCCGGGUUUGGCAUGCGACCUACUGAAUUUGGCAUGAAUAUUAAUUGACGCUUU